CGCGCGCCUGCCUCAUGACUCUUCUGGAGUCGACCCGUCCCUCUCCGCUAGCCUGACGCCGCGUCCUCCGUCUUCAUGAGAUUCCCCAUCCGCCAGAAGCACACCAGAUAGAGUUUCUGUGAGGGAUGGAGUGGUUGGCCCUCUCCAUGCUGCUCCUGGCUGCGUCGGCGUCUGCCCAGUUGUGCCCCAAGCGCUGCAUGUGCCAGAACCUGUCUCCGUCGCUGGCCAUCCUCUGCGCCAAGACGGGCCUGCUGUUCGUGCCGUCGGUCAUCGACCGCCGCACGGUGGAGCUGCGCCUGACGGAGAACUUCAUCACGGCCGUGCGCCGCCGCGACUUCGCCAACAUGACCAGCCUGCUCCACCUGACGCUGUCGCGCAACACCAUCAGCCAGAUCAUGCCUUACACCUUCGCCGACCUCAAGCGGCUGCGGGCGCUCCACCUGGACUCCAACCGGCUGAGCGCGGUGGCCGACGACCACUUCCGCGGCCUGACCAACCUGCGCCACCUCAUCCUGGCCAACAACCAGCUGCAGCACAUCUCGCCGCACGCCUUCGACGACUUCCUGGGCACGCUGGAGGACCUGGACAUGUCCUACAACAACUUAGUGGACGUGCCGUGGGAGACCAUCAGCAAGCUGACCAACGUCAACACGCUCAACAUGGACCACAACCUCAUCGAGCACGUGCCGCAGGGCGUGUUCACCAACAUGCACAAGCUGGCGCGCCUGGACAUGACGUCCAACAAGCUGAAGAAGAUCCCGCCGGACCCGCUGUUCCUGCGCAUCCCCGUCUACGCCAAGUCCAAAGGGUCAUCGCCGUCCUCGCUGGUCAUGAGCUUCGGCGGGAACCCGCUGCACUGCAACUGCGAGCUGCUGUGGCUGCGGCGGCUGACCCGCGAGGACGACCUGGAGACGUGCGCCUCGCCGCCGGACCUGACCGCCAAGUACUUCUGGACCAUCCCCGAGGAGGAGUUCAUCUGCGACCCGCCGGUCAUCACGCGCAAGUCGCCCAAGACCUUCGCCAUGGAGGGCCAGCUGGCCAGCCUCAAGUGCAAGGCCAACGGCGACCCGGACCCCGAGGUCCACUGGAUCUCGCCCGAGGGCCGGCUCAUCUCCAACACGUCGCGCACCGUCACGUUCAGCAACGGCAGCCUGGACAUCAACAUCACGUCGCUCAAGGACUCGGGCGAGUUCAUGUGCAUCGCGUCCAACGCCGCCGGAGAGUCCACGGGCAAGGUGGAGCUGGUGGUCAACCCGCUGCCGCACAUGGCCAACAGCACCAGCCGCACCGCGCGCGAGCCCGAGCCCUCGGACAUCCUGACCUCCGCCAAGUCCACGUCCGGGGCGUCGUCCGGCGCGGGGUCGGGGUCGGGCGGAGGAGGAGGAGCGGGGAACGACACGCGGCCGGCGGAGAGGAGGGUGGUGCUGGUGGAGCUGACCGUCAACUCGGCCCUCAUCCGAUGGCCCCCGCAGCACCACUUCCCCGGGAUCAGGAUGUACCAGGUCCAGUACAACAGCUCCGUGGACGACACGCUGGUCUACAGGAUGAUUCCGUCCACCAGUCAAGACUUCCUGGUGCGUGACCUGGUCUCGGGCCGCGAGUACGACCUGUGCGUGCUGGCGGUGUACGACGACAGCCUCAGCUCUCUGACCGCCACGCGGCAGGUGGGCUGCGUCCAGUUCGUGACGGAGACGGAGUACAGCAAGUGCGAGUCGCUGCACAGCCAGUUCCUGGGCGGCACCAUGAUCAUCAUCAUCGGCGGCAUCAUCGUGGCCUCCGUGCUCGUCUUCAUCAUCAUCCUCAUGAUCCGCUACAAGGUCUACAGCGGCCACGGCGGCGAGCCCGGCAAGGCCGGCGGCAUGACCGCCCUGCGCGCGCAGGCCAACGGGGGACAAGCCGCGGCCGGGCAGGUGCCGCGGUCCGGCUCCAAAGUCACGGACUCUUCCCAGGAGGAGCAGCCCACCUCGGGGGGUCCGAACGCGGGCGGCGCGGGUGGCCUGAAGGACUCGGUGGCGCUGGUGGUGGAUUGCGAGAAGUCGGCCCGCGUGGAGAUGCCGGGCGAGGACAUUGUGUCGCCAACCAAGCGGCGCCAGUCCAGGACUUACAUAGAGCUCAAGGGACAGCCGCCGCUGACGGGCAAAGAGGGCAAGAGUGCAGAGCCUUCAGAGAAUUCUCCAGUCAGUGAUGAGAAGAAGGUUCAGCGUGACUUCAAAAUCUGACAGCUGCCUUCUGCUCAGACUGCACUUCAGCUCCCGCAGAAUAAUGGACGCCUCUCUCUCUCUCUUUCUCUCUCUCUCUCUCUCCUUCAGCCUCUCCUCCCUCCCCAAUCCCUCCAUCCCCAACCGCUUGACCGAAAGAACGAAGAGAAGACAAGUGAACGUGGAAAAAAAAGAGUAUUCGUGACGAAUAGAUGCGACGGAAGACUAGCAUCUGCCAUUUCCUGGAAAACUUAGCAUGCCGCUAAGACUGGCGCCUGCCAAGGCCUUGCACAUUCUACUCCGUGCAUAUGGCUGGCCUUCGCUCAUAACACUGCUCACUCUGAGGUUUUUUUUUUUUUUUUUGCUUUUUGAUGUCUCUU